ACGACACAGAAGGCUUCUGUAUGACUGCAGUUUUAUAUCUGGUAAACAUAAUAGAGUAAAGGCAUGAACCAUACAAACAUACGCAAGAUACAAUUACGUUGUUUUGUUUUUGUUUUGAACGAAAGAAAGUAAAUAUGAAUUCAGUGGCACAACCUAAUAUUGGCUCCGAUAACGAAAACGAACUUGGUGAAUGCAAAGGCUGUGGAGUGAACUUGGUUGAACCUUAUGUACGAUGUGCAGAAUGUGAAAACUUCAAAAUGUGUCUCGAGUGUUUUUCAAGAGGAUUCGAAAGUGAGCAACAUUUGAACAACCAUAAGUAUCAGAUCAUUACCAACAAGUUUGCCAUAUUUGAGUUUGGUUGGAACGCUGAUGAAGAAAUCAAGUUAUUAGAAUCUCUGGCUGACUGUGGGCCUGGUAAUUGGAAUUCAAUCUCUGCUCAAGUGAAAACAAAGUCUGCAGUGCAGUGCGAAGCUCAUUACAUGAAAUGUUACGUCAUUAAUGCAAAAUAUCCAUUACCUGAAAUGCCGGAUCCCCCCAUCCGCCCACCUUCGAUACCAAUUCCCUUUAAACCUUGUGAGGAUCCAUGCCGACCAUUGCCCGAGUCACAUAGAGCUCAGAAUAUGGCAGGGUACCUUGCAGCUCGUGGUGACUUCCAGGAGGAAUAUGAUAAUUACGCUGAAUGGGACAUUAGUGAUAUUUAUUUCUCGCCUGAUGAUAAACCAAUAUUGAAAAAUCUCAAACUUGCAGUUGUAAAAAUCUACCAAUCAAGAUUACAGGAGCGAGCACGUAGGAAACAUAUCAUCCGCAAGUUUGGGUUGAUCAAUAAUUCAAACCACAUGCUGCGUUACUUAAGAAAGUUACCGCAAGAUUUGAGAGAAGUAGAAGAAAAAAUGCGCCCACUGAUGCAUAUCCAGUCACACCCGAUCGCACACGACAUGUUGCUGCAAAGCAUCGGGGUCGAACUUGAGUUGAAAAAGAAAAUCAAGAAGUUGCAAAAUUAUCGAAGAAACGGAAUUUCUUCAUUCAGAGUUGCGAAGAUGUUUGAAAAGUUGAAAGUCGACCGAGAGUCUUCAAAAUCUCGAUCCAAUCACAUGUCGGAGAUCCUUCCAUACUUGCAUGAUCCUGCUGCAUUAGCCAUGUGGCUGCAACGGCAGGCUGCCAUUGAAGCAGGGUUGGGCAACACUGUUGACACUUCCCUUAUAUUACCAACCAUGCGCAAAACAGCGCCACCUAUUGACCUAACGGACCUCCCGGGGGUGGAAAAACUAAAUGCUGUUGAAAAAGAAUUUUGUGCCAAAGCAAGGUUGGUACCCGAGGCUUAUCUCACAUACAAAGCUUCGCUCAUCCACGAGUUUUCACGGAACGGGAAAGUUAAACUUGCAGGCGCACGAAGCAUUGUAAAAAUAGACGUCAACAAAACCAGAAAACUUUACGAUUUUUUAAUCGAUCAAGGGCAUAUUAACACGUGACGUCAUCGUUACGUCAUCACCUCGUGAAAACACGUAAAAAGUCGAAUUUGUUACUGCUUGGUUUUUGGUCAAACAGUAGUUAUUGUUGUUUUUUUUUCGCAAUAAAAAUAAGCAGACUUGGA